GUUCCAGAAGAAGACGACUUCACUCUAUUUGAAUCAAUGACCUGGCGCCUUGAGCAUCCAUCCUGUGCCUGGCACCGUGCCUGGAGCUGGGGCUGCACCAGGAGCACAGACACGACGGACGUGGUCCUCACUGAUCAAACAAGACGGUCGUCUGUAGACAGGCUAUGAUCACCAUGGUGCCUGUGUUGCUGAUUCUUUCGGGGGCUGUGGCAAUAUUGCAAGCAGAAUUAUUGCCUGCUGAAAAGUUUUUACUUCUUCCACCUGUCAAUUUCACCAUCAAAGUUACUGGUUUGGCUCAAGUUCUUUUACAUUGGGAACCGAAUCCUGAUCAAAAGCCAAGAAACGUUAAUCUAGAGUAUCACGUGAAAAUAAAUGCCCCACAGGAUGAUGAUUAUGAAACCAGAAACACCGAAAGCAAAUGUGUCACCAUCCUCCACAGAGGCUUCUCGGCGAGCGUGCAGACCAUCCUGUGGCACGGCCCCUCGCUCCUCGCCAGCAGCUGGGUUUCUGCUGAGCUCAAAGCACCACCGGGGUCCCCUGGAACCUCCGUUGUGAAUUUGACUUGUACCACGAACACGGCAGCCGACAACGGCUCGAGCUUGUGGCCGUACCAAGUGUCUCUUCGCUGCACCUGGCUCGUUGGCCAGGACGCCCCUGAGGACACGCAGUAUUUUCUCUAUUACAGGUAUGGCUCUCGGACCGAAGAAUGCCAAGAAUACAGCAAGGACGCACUGAAGAGAAACAUCGCGUGCUGGUUUCCAAGGACUUUUAUCCAGGGCAAAGGGCGAGACUGGCUUGCGGUCCACGUGAAUGGCUCAAGCAAGCACGCCGCGAUCGAGCCCUUUGAUCAGCUCUUCGCUCUUCACGCCAUUGACCAAGUAAAUCCUCCACUGAACGUCACGGCUGAGAUUGAAGGAACCCAUCUCUCCAUCCAGUGGGAGAAACCAGUUUCUGCCUUCCCAACCCACUGCUUUGAUUACGAAGUGAAAAUAUACAACAUAAGGAAGGGUUAUUUUCAGACAGAGAAAGUGACGACCAGGGCAUUCGUCUCAAUCGUUGACGACGCCUCCAAGUACUGCGUUCAAGUGAGGGCGGCCGUGAGCGCCACGUGCAGAGCGGCGGGGACCUGGAGCCGCUGGAGCCGUCCCCUCUACGUGGGAACUGAUGAGCAGAAGCCCCUGGCAAGAUGGUUUCUCGUCGUGCUUAUGGCAGCCGCCUGUUUCCUCUUGCUAACGUCCUCGCUGCUCUGCAGGGGGUGUCGUUUAUGGUCCAGGUUGUUUCCACCGGUUCCAGCACCGAAAAGUAACAUCCAAGAUUUCUUGGUAACCACUAACCAUGAGAAAGCUGGGUCCACGGAGACGGAGACCGAAGUCGUGAGUUACGUGGAGGAGGCUGCGUUUGAGACGCUGGAAGAUUCUGUGUUUUGACUGUCACCGCGGCGUUCUCAGAGGGGCUCACAGGAGCAGGCCCCCGUGCGCAGAAGAUCAGGGGCCGCUGCUUCCCGGCUCAGAGGCGUGCAGAAUUUACUGAGUCCUCAGUUUAGCUGCAAGGCAAUGGGGGCAUCAGGAAACACUGGUCUUGUAGCUCUUUUGAUGAGACAUGAGUCACCAAAGAGUCCUCCCAGCGUGGAGGCGGGCUCGUCUGGGCAUUCCACCGCGUCUGUGGUCACCUCGCGGGGUAGCGCCUCCCCGCCUGCCGGUCUCUGCGCUUUGCGCAGCCUACCUCAAACUUUUUUGCACGAGAGACGGUGUCUAAGACUGAUACCCAACUACGUUUACUUCUGGCAGUGCCAGAGUGGCUGCUGAAGCUGCCAACGGCGGCACUCAGCUGAAAUCUCAGGAAGGAAGCAGUCUGCACCCGCCUAGGGUGAUCGUGAACUUGGAUUCAAGACUGCCUUUCCCAUGGCAGAGGGGAGCCACAGUUUCAUGGUGCCUUUCUUUUUUUCUUUUCCUGGGUUCUAGAAUACUUUUCUUUCAAGUAGUGUAUGUAUAUGAGAGAGAGAGAGAGAGAGAGAGAGAGAGAGAGAGAGAGAGAAGAGGAAAAGG